CUGUUUAGCUAAGCUUGUGGUGGUGGCAGGUGACAGUCCUCACUCCGCUCUUGUAAAAGUACUCGCAGUACCACCUCGUUAUCCGUUCCUCUACCUCACUGAAGUUUGAGGGGAGGUUAAGAUAGAUACCCCAUCAUAAGCAACAACAGUUAUCGAACUGUACCGGUACGAUCGGUUGACUGGGAGGAGCUGUUAUCCUAACUUGGCUCAUGAGAAGCGAACGGUAGCCGGAAGAUAAUGCAGGCGAUGGAAAUGACCCCGACGGCUUCGGACUCGGUCGAUGCAUGCGAGAACCAAAUCGUAUAUAUACCGCACCUAGACCACAGAGAUGGGAAAGAUGAUACCGUUGGGAAAGAUAAUCCCAUCGGUGAUUCUGAUCCGAAUGACCCCGAGCUGGCCCCCUUGCCUUUGGUUGAUGGAGGCGUGAAGGCCAUGGCCAAGGCAACUUCCUUUGGCAGUGAAGACGACCGGCGAAGCAAGGAACGUUGUCUGCGACGGAGCUGCCGCAAAUGCUACCGUGAAUUUGCUGCCUUCAAGCCCCGGCUGUUUGCUGUUUCAUUUGGGUUCAUCUUGCCCCUUCUGUCACUGGUAGUACUGGCGGCACUGUGUGGAUACCCCUUGGCCUUGAUGGAAUCUCCAUUGGAACUGCAGCAAAAUGACUUGCUAUUGGCGGCACAAAUGAGAAUGAUCGUACAAGGAGCCCUCUAUACCAACUUGACGCAGAGGCUACCUCUGAUAUGUUUGAGACUUCACUUUGCGAAUUGGACGGCGGAGGAUUUCAUGGAGAAUGUCACUACUGUGCUGGCUGCACCAGAAGCGAUUGUUGAGAAUAUAACAGACGCAAUCGAACAUCUUGUGGAAAAGAAGAAGAAUCAAACGCAGCGGACGAGAAAUACCACAGCAGCAAAUGCCACCAAUUCCUCUCCAACUACGUUGGCAGGCACGAUAAUCUCCGACGUCGUCGUCAACGAAACGAUUGAGGAGGUCGAAGAUUUUUUGGAAGACGCUCAAGAUACCGUUGGGGACAUGUGGAAUGUACUCUCCUUUAACCAACUACCCGAGAUUCCAGAUGACUACGUUGCAUACAUUAAUGCAACAGAACUCUCGCUAUACCUUACUGACUGUGGAGCCCAAUUGAGCCCCGUGAUUGAUGCCAUGUUUUUCUCCUUGGCUUCCACAGCCAGGUCUGCUCUGACCGAUGAUAUUACUUUCGCGUGGAGUCGUUGUCCCACCAAUGCUACAGCCCUGGACUUGCCAACUUCUAUUCCGCCUUCUCUACUGCUGGAUUAUCUUCUAGAUUACAAUCCGGAUGCCGUGAAUCUCACAACGCACCCGCACAACUAUGAUGCACAAAAUGCCUACUAUCGCCAUACAUGGGAAAAGGAUCGUAUCGCAAGGUAUCAAUACUACCACAAUAGUGACCUGUUUCGCCCUGGCAGUCCAGAGAAGAAUGGCACCCUCUGGAAACGGAUCUGGGCCUUUGAAAAGUCACUCCGCGAGGCCACUGGAGGUGCCGAGUGUCACCCAAAUAUUCCAGCCGCAGGUUGGUUCUGGUUUACAGUGAUGACUACAAUUGGAUACGGCAACACAUCCCCAGUCUCCUGGGGAGGAAAGGCCAUGGUGUUUACUCUUGGCUUUAUUUCCAUCAUUCUCUUUGGAUUCGUGUCGACACGAGCAGCCUACGUCAUUACAUCUCUGAUGGAUGACCUUCUUAUACGAAUCAAUCUACGUUCCAUGGUACAACCGUGGGCUGAAGUUAUUUUGUGGGGAAAUAUUGCAUUUGUGUGGAUGAUUGCCAUUGCCGCCUACUAUGUCCAAUGGCAAAGGGAACGCCUCGGAAAAGAUGGAAUCACGGACAUGGCCACGGGAUACUGGUUUGCCUUUAUCUCCACCACGACUGUAGGAUUUGGAGACUACUAUUUGGCUCCGGAAGUGAUGGAAGUAUCUGAUUUGUUCACAUACCCGGUCAUGUUCCUGUUGGGAUUCUCCUUGUUGGCAGCUUUCUUGUCCAAAUUGUCCCAGCUUGUCGUUACACCCUUUGGAGAAGGACCUGACUUGGUGGAACACUUCCAAGCCGUGGACGAGCUCAAACGCAGUCUAAGAGAGGACCCGCGUGAUGAUGGGAACUUGAGGAGGAGGAGAAGGAAGGGCUCCAACAGCGGUCACGAGACAAAUGACAAGAACCAGUCCAUUGAGCUGCAUGCGAACGAUGACAGCGACCAUUGAGUAUUUCAGCGUGGCGUACAUUCCAUUCGCACGCAGUGGAACGAUCUCACCAGAAAGGUGUCGAUUGUUGCAAACGAAUUCGACAUUGAUGUGCAUCUAUAUUGAACGUCUUUGGUACCUUUGUCGCAAGCUCUUUUCUUCCUGUUUGAUUUGCCAGUGUGAUGUCGACGUGUUGCAAUUGAAUUCAACACGGAAUGUGCAUCGGAACUGGCACCUACUGUAUUGAUAGACGAAGGCAAGCGGCAGAUGCCCUGCCGCUGGCUGGCUGGCUCAAGAGGACCACUAUCUAAACUUUCAUUUACCUUAAUCAUUUUUGUUUGCUUGCUGCGGAAGACUUUAAUCACAGAUUGCCCUGGAGCUGCCUCACGACCGCUGUGGGUCCCGCCUCGACAGCUUGGAGGUCCGUCUCGAGGAGGCCAUCAUCGCUCCUCUUCCGCUUUCUACCGCAGAAACGUGCCGGUAUGCGACGUCGGCUGGCACCACGAGCAAGCUUUACGGUACUCCAAAGCCCUGGCAACUCUCGCAAGAGCCCAUAUUGAAGCAUUGUAGAGUUUUUCUUGGCUAGCUCUCUACGUUUCUUCAUACACUCUCCUUUGGAAACCUCAUUAACAGAUGCCAGCAUUGCCACAAACUCAUUGAGACUCAACCCAUUUUCACUGGACUUCCUUAUGCGUCCUCGCCCAGCUUUGUUGAGUCCCAAAAAGUACUUCAGCUUCAAAGAAGCCCAAGGAUCCGGGCACUCACAAAAAGGUUCCACUACACAGCAACAUGUACGAUUACUGACUUGAACCAAUGUGCAGUUAGAAGUUUGAAUGAUGCGCUCAAGUCGAUCGGUCGCAGUGUUGCCAAUUUCUCUGUCAUGAAUAAGCAGCCUUUCUAGAUGUGAAUUGUUUCGAAGAGCAUUAAUCACAGGGAGCCAACCUUUUGCAUCAUCAGCAGUCCCACAGACCUUCAGAUCACGCAAUCUCCCACACCGCACAAUGCGCUGUAUAACAUCUACAUCUUGUGCUCUGAAGAGACCUGAGCGUAUGGUCAAAUUCUGGAGAGAAGGCAAAUGCACCAUCCAAAAAAGGAGUAGUGUCGAAUCAAUGUUCGUCUGGGGUUCAGGCAGUGUCAUGUUCACACUCUCCACUCCACAACCUUGGCUUUCUGACUGCGCAGCACUUAGGGAUGCAACCAAGUUUUGGAUUUGUGAAGACAUCACCUGUGUGUUGCAGUUUUCAAGUUUGUAAGGGGAGAAUGAUUGGAAUCGAAUGGACCGCAACUUUUUGCUCCUAAAGACAACUCGGAGCACCUCAAACAAUGCCUCUGUUGUCCAUUUCCUACAACGAGACUCCAGAGUUCUCACUUCUGGGAGAAUUUGAUUGAACCUCAUAACGCGCUCAAGAUCGAUUUUGCGGCCUUGUCCUAGACAAAGGUAGUUUGCAUUUGUAUUGGCUUUCAAAGCGUCCACCACUGAUGAGUCUGUCACAUACUUGCAGGCGUCUAGAAACUCAUUAAUAGUCAAUGAAAUCUCCAACUUCUGAGCCAAGAAUUUGAUUA